AUGGAUGAGAAUUUACUGGACGAUAUAAUACGGAGGCUGUUGGAGACUAAUAACGGGAGGGCGGUGAAGCAGGUGAAGCUACUUGAGGUUGAGAUACGCCAGCUUUGCUCUGCCUCUAAAGAGGUUUUUCUCAGCCAGCCUAAUCUCCUCGAGCUUGAGGCUCCUAUCAAGAUUUGCGCAGGUGAUGUUCAUGGUCAGUUUCCAGACCUCUUGCGGUUGUUUGAGUAUGGUGGCUAUCCUCCAGCUGCGAAUUACUUGUUCCUCGGGGACUAUGUUGAUCGUGGGAAGCAGAGCAUAGAGACGAUAUGCCUUCUUCUUGCCUACAAGCUCAAAUACAAGCUCAACUUCUUUCUUCUCAGAGGCAAUCACGAAUGCGCUUCAAUCAACCGUGUCUACGGAUUCUACGAUGAGUGCAAGAGAAGAUACAACGUGCGCCUGUGGAAGAGUUUCACCGACUGUUUCAACUGUCUGCCUGUUGCUGCUCUCAUCGACGACAAGAUACUCUGUAUGCACGGUGGACUAUCUCCUGAUCUGAAGAGCUUGGAUGAUAUUAGGCGGAUUCCGCGUCCUGUUGAUGUUCCUGAUCAGGGAGUCCUUUGUGAUUUGUUAUGGGCUGAUCCUGACAAAGAAAUCCAAGGCUGGGGGGAGAAUGACAGAGGUGUGUCCUAUACAUUUGGUCCCGACAAAGUGGCUGAGUUCCUUCAGACUCAUGACCUUGACCUUGUUUGCCGAGCUCAUCAGGUUGUAGAAGAUGGAUAUGAGUUCUUUGCAAAGAGACAACUGGUGACAAUAUUCUCCGCACCCAACUACUGUGGGGAGUUUGACAAUGCUGGUGCAAUGAUGAGUGUUGAUGAUAGCUUGACAUGUUCGUUCCAAAUUCUCAAGUCAACUGAGAAGAAAGGAAGAUUUGGAUUCAACAACAAUGGUCCUAGGCCAGGAACACCACCUCAUAAGGGAGGGAAAGGUGGUUAA